AUGCGCGUGUCGCUCGCGCUCCCUCCGGACGGCUGUGGCAGGACUCACUCUAACCGCUGCCGAUGCCGCCCGGCUGCCUGCCACAGUCGCUUCCUGUACCCGUUUCUGGUGGCGCUGUUGAUCUCGUCUGCCACCUUUCCCCUGGGUCUGGGGCAGUUCCUCGCGGCCGACCAGACCACUCAUGAUCAGGUUUUGGAGUUAUUCGCGAACUUCACUUGGUCUUCUGAAGAGCUCUCUGUAGACGAAGCCGAAGCAGUGGAUCACUGGACAAAUCCAUACACCAACUUCUACAUCAACUUGUGCAUAUACAUCUUAGUCACGUUCUGUAUGGCUGUGGUGGCGUCCACCCUCCCGGUGCCGUCCGGCAUCUUCAUCCCCGUGUUCAAGAUGGGCGCGGCGUUCGGCCGUCUGGUCGGCGAGUGUCUGGCAAUGUGGUUCCCGCAGGGGGUCCGCUACGGAGGCCACAUCUCCCCCAUCCGUCCAGGUGGUUACUCGAUCGUCGGUGCCGCCGCGCUAGCCGGCUCCGUCACGCACACCAUCUCUACCUCAGUAAUCGUGUUCGAACUCACCGGUCAGAUCACCCACAUCCUCCCAGUCAUGAUCGCAGUGCUCAUAGCGAACGCCAUAUCGCAGCUGUUGCAGCCAUCCAUAUACGACAGCAUCAUCCAGAUCAAGAAGCUGCCGUACCUGCCGGACAUACUUACGUCCACAAACGCCUACUCCAUCUACGUGGAGGACAUCAUGGUGCGGGAGGUGCAGUACAUCUGGCACGGCAUCAGCCACCGACAGCUGCGGCAGGUGCUGCGAGAAAACAAGAAGCUCUCCAGCGUGCCGCUGGUCGACUCUCAUGACUCGAUGGUGCUGCUGGGUAGCAUCAAGCGGAAACACCUGGUGCUGCUCCUGGAGAAGCACCUCGGACGCGACCGACGCAUGGAGGUGGUCACGCGAUGGCAGCGAGCGGCGCAAAAGGUGCGCCUGUCGCGGCCCAACCGCAGCUGGAAGGACCUGGUGGCGCUGGCCACGGCUGAACACCGGGAGGAGCUGCGUAUCACUCCAACAAGCCUCUCCGAGGCCGGCGACGACGAGGAGCAGGGCCCGUACGGACAGGGCCCGUACGAACAGGACCCGUACGAACAAGGCCCGUACGGACAGGGCCCGUACGAACAGGGCCCGUACCAUCAGGGCCCGCGUCCACAGGGCCCGUACCGACAGGGCCCGUACCGACAGGGCCCGUACCGACAGGGUCCGUACCGACAGGGCCUGCGUCGACAGGGCCCCCGUAGCAACAGGGCCCGCAUCGACAGGGCUCGUACCGACAGGGCCUGUACGGACACCUCCGCCGGCAUGACGCCGCUCCUAUCCGGCUGCCUGUUCAGCCCGCUGACGCAGGCGGUGGCCGGCCUCUCGUCAGCCUCCUCGCCCACCUCGUCUGACCCCAGCACUGCGCCGCAGGCGGUGGCCGGCCUCUCGUCGGCCUCCUCGCCCACCUCGCCGCCGGAUCGCCGGCCUCUGCGGCCAAUCCUGAAGAAGACUGACUCGUUUAGCCUGCGCUCGGCGAAGGCCGGCUCGCACAGCUGGUUCGGGUCGUCCUACGCCACCGUCACUGGCAGCAGCGACACCAGGCUGAGGGCGACAGCUGAGGACGUGCUGCAGAGGGCGAGGGAGACGCGGGUGGAGGAGCCGCCGCAGCCGCCGCCACCGCCGGAGAAGCGGGUUACACUGCCGGUGGAGAGGGUGAUCGAUAUGUCAUACGAGGAUCAAAAGCUCUGGGAGGAAGAAGAGCUCGACAAAGAAGUUAACUUUGAUGACUGCAAAAUAGACCCGGCGCCGUUUCAGCUGGUGGAGCGCACCUCCCUGCUGAAGGUGCACUCGCUCUUCUCCAUGCUGGGGCUGAACCACGCUUACGUGACGGCCAUCGGCCGUCUGAUCGGCGUUGUGGCCCUCAAGGAGCUGCGCCAUGCGAUCCAGCGUGCCAACCACUUCUUGCCGGAGGUGGAGGCCGAGUCGGAAGACCUGCCGUCCUCGGCGACCAGCAGCGUGGCGAUGGAGCGCGGGUCUCCGCGACUGACUCGCCGCCGGCCGAGCCACAGGGGCGACGGGCUCGUGUGACGCCGCCGGAGGCCGCUCACCUGACCCGGCUGGCUCACCUCACCUGGGCAGCUCACGUCGUCGGGAUCUGUCCUCAUCUGCAGACCUCACCUCUCUUUGGGGGUCUGCCGUAACCUGGAGGGCCCACCUCAUCUGGGGAGCUCGCCGCUCUCUCCGGGAGUUGCCUCAUCUGAGGAGCUCACUGCUCACCUGAGAGCUCACUGCUCACCUGAGGACCUCACUGCUCACCCGGUGAGCACGGCGUGCCCGGCCCUGCGGGGGUCCGGCAGUGCGGCACGUCUCGCUGUUUCAGCGCUCCAGCGCCACAUUCAUCGGGUCGUCAGACUGCCACAAACGGAGCCAGCCGGCUGUGGGCUGGGGGCCGACCGGCCGCCGCCGCCAUGCCGGCUCCAAUGUUCACCUCAGAGACACGUGCCGCUGCCGCUAGAGGGGGCGAGCCCGGGUGCCGUGCUCCCCCGUCUGCCCUGUGCGGCUCACUGCUGGUCCCAUCGGUGGACCGAGGGACCGCUCGGUGAGGCGUCAGUGGUGUCAGAGGAGGUCACUGGUCCGCACCGCCGCGCCGGCCUACCCGCCACGGCCGCAGCAGCAGUGCUGGAGCCGUGCCUCGUCGUUCGCGAAACGGAAGGUGGAGAGGGCGCUCCGUGCGGUCGCCGUGCUCGCGAGAGAGGUGCGUUCGCUGCUUUGCAGGGAUGCGUGUAAUGCGGCGGUGUUAUCUGAAUACGUUAUACGCCCGUACAUUUCCUAGGUACAGAGUUUCUGAUUGCAUGAGCUUCAUUGUAACAUACGAUGUGAACUAGCAUGUAGAAUUAAAUAUCAAAUAUAUUUGAUCACACUAUAGUCACAAGCUGACCUUCAUUGUUAAUGCGACAUUAAAAGUAGAGUGUCUGCGAUCAUUUCCGUUCAUUAUUUAAGCGUGACCGAUUGCCAGGCUAUACUGUACAUUAAAUAUGAGGGUGGCGUUGCCUGCACACCGCGCCCAUACAGAGUGGUUGUAUCCGCGCAGGAGCGAGGCGUGUCAGUGCCUUUUGUUAUCGAAACUGAUCGGAUAUAUUGCUGUUCCCUCUGGCUAUGUGCUCUGCUCGAUUUUACUCGUUACAAUGCGUAGGCGUCGUCUUGGCGUAACGACUCGCUUGAGCUUAAUGGAGGUGAGCCCAUCAAAAGGCGGUUGUUAGUUUAAAUGCAUAACAAGGUGCAGCAUACUCGCCUGAUUCAUUG